GGCAUUGCGUAUUGUGAUGUGGGGAACUGUCAGGUGGAUGGGGGUCUAUUUUAAUGAGCCAAUAGCAUGAUUGCUUUGAAUACAUACAACUUUCACUAUUUAUCUUAAAGUGCUUUUCCUUUACGUGACCUAGAGCUAAACUGCUGGCCUGUCCCUGUUUCUCUCACCGUCAAGGAAAGAUACGCUGCUGUGAUGUCUGAGGGCCCGAGAAAGCCAAAAAGAAAAUUUGCAGCAACACGUCGGCUGCUAAUAAAAGGCAAGCUACUGAAGAAGGCAGAAUUGAUGCUGGUUGCUGAAAAUGAAGAAAAAGAAAUGGAGAAGGAAAGAGUUGUGAACGAGAGUGUUCCUCCUCUAAAGCUGUCAGGCCUCUCAGUCCAGGAGCUCCAGGAUCUUUGCAAAGAGUUGCACCAGAAGCUUGAUGUUGUUGACGAGCUGCGUUAUGACAUGCAAGCUAAAGUCAACAAAAAUGAAAAUGAGAUUGUGUCACUGAAGCAGAAGAUCAUCGAGUUGAAAGGUAUGAAGAAGCCCAGCCUGAAGAGGGUAAAGAAAACCACAGAUGACGUGCUGGGUGCAUACACGGAUGCCUCCAAACUCAAGAAGGCUGACUUUAAAGCCAACCUCAAGACAGUGAAAAAAGAAGACGAUAAGAAGGAAGAAGUGACUGACUGGCGUAAGAAUGUGGAGGCCCUGUCUGGCAUGGAGGGCAGGAAGAAGCUUUUCACUGCAGGACAAUGAAA